CUCUGGCAGAAUUUCAAGGCACAUACUGGGCUGACUCUGGGGCCAUGAUGUUGCCUUAUCCUUCAGCACUGGGAGAUGAAGACUGGGAGGAGAUUUUCCUUUCCAAGAAUGGGGAAAAUAGAGAGACCAUGAAGAAAUUGGCUCAAAAUCAUAAAGCAAAAGGCUUGCUUUCUAAUGAUACUGAGUGGCCCCAGGAAAAGGAGGGAAAGGCCCAAAUAGAGGUACCAGUUACAUUCAGGGAUGUGACUGUGAUCUUCACGGAAGCAGAAUGGAAGAGAUGGAGUCCAGAGCAGAGGAAUCUAUACAAAGAAGUGAUGCUGGAGAAUUACAGGAAUCUUCUCUCAUUGGGCAUGGCAGCAAAACACUCUCUGUCCUAAGACAAGGGAGAA